AUGGCUCUCUCUUGUUCACAAAAGAAACUGCUCCUAUUUGUCUUGGCGUUUGCAUGUCUCUCUUCAUCAGGUGCAGAAGCGUGGAGCUGGAGUUGGAGCAACGGGUCGGGUUGGGGAUGGGGAUCUGAUGGCUCAAGCAGCUCUAGCUCAGGUCCUGGUUCAAACUCUUACGGCUCAAGUCGGAGUUGGGGCUCAAGUCCUGGCUGGGGCUGGAGCUGGGGAUCAGACGGCUCAGACAAUUCGGGCUCAGGUUCUGCUUCAAACUCUGAUGGAUCUGGUUGGGGAUGGGGCUGGGGAUCAGAUGGGUCAAGCAGCUCAGGCUCAGAUUCAGGUACUAAUCCUGAUGGUUCAAGAUGGAGCUGGAGCUGGAAUCCUAGGUCAGGCUGGAGUUGGAGUUGGGAUUCGAACCAUAAUUCUGACAGUGAAGCGCCAAACAGUUCAGGAACCGAGAUUGAAGCACCCAGCAGUUCCAGCUCGCCAAGAAACAUCGUAGUUGGAGGAUCUGAUGGAUGGAAAAAAGGUUUGGAUUACAAAGAGUGGGCGUCCAAUAAUGCUCCUUUCUACGUCAACGAUGUUCUUGUUUUCAAGUUAGACAAAACUGCCAAGCGCAGGAACAAUGUGUAUUUGUUCCAAGAUCCAUGGAGUUAUAUGAACUGCGACUUCAAGAAUGCAAAGAAGAUUGGUUUGACGCAUAAAAGAUCAGGAAAAAGCUUCAAGUUUACACUUAGAAAAAAUAAGCCUUACUUCUUUGCCUCGGGCGAGCAUGAUGGUGAUUACUGCACCAACCACAACAUGAAGUUCACCCUUUUCCCUGUUCCACUUCCACACCAUUCUGACUAA